CAACAACCUUGUGCAUCGACAGGUUCGGGGCCACAUUGCGGCCCCGCCAUCGUCUGCCGCCAUCGCCCAACCUUCAUAGUCAUGCCCAAAUUCAAUUUUGAUACCGAUGAAGCUGCGCUUCUCAAAGCCUACAAGAUAUCUUCGCUCUACCCAACUCAGUGGGAGGAAGUCGACCAUGAGCUCGAGAACUCCUUUGCUGGCGCGCUGACGAGUACUGGCGAUGACCCUAGCAGUGAUCCAUUAGGUAUUGGAACAAGGGUCAAUGUGAAGGAAAUGGACUUGGAAUCAAAGGCAGCAGUCAUGAUCAGCUCAAAGUCGUUUGACCCUAAAGCAUUUUUGUCACUCGUGCAUCCAAACGCUCAAUACCAAGACCUCACAAACGGCAUAAAGCAUUUGGAGCGGACAUUGGAAGAACGCAAGAGUGAUAUCCGUGGUUUGGUGGAGAAUAAUUUUGACCGCUUCGUCGCGGUCAAGGCGUCGACAGAUGCUCUGUACUUGGAAAUGAAAGAAGGCCUCUUAGCGCCACCAACCCAAUUUGGGUCCAAACCUCUUCGCGAUCAUCUGAAAUCUGCUGCUGUCAAGGCCGACCAGGUUUUCCUUCCCGUCCUCGAGAAUGCGUCCAAGGCGCAUAAACUGCGAACGACGCUUGGUAUCUUCGAGCGCUCCAAGUUCUUUUUCAACUUGCCUGGAUUCAUCAUAGAAUCCAUCGAAGCGGGUCGGUAUGAAGUUGCCAUGCGUGAUUAUAAGAAGGGGAAGGUUCUUCUGGAGACACGACCCGGCCAGCUUCUGCCGAUUGGAAACCCGAAGGAUGGGCAGGCGUCGAGCGCUGACGAACAACAGCAAAAACGCAUAUUGGAUAAAGUCUGGGGGAGUGUGGAGAAGGCAAUGAGCGAAAUGCGGAGCGCAUUGCAGAAACAAUUGCAAGAUCCGUCGCGAAGCGUCGAGGAACAGGAAAAGACGCUGGAGAUUCUUAUGGACCUGCAGACCAACGACGAGCCUAUAUGGACAUACUUCGAUAGCCAGCAUGUUUACAUCAUGAAGCAGAUGAACAUCUCCUACAAAGCAGCCAUGGUCACAACAAGGACUGCACUCGAAAAGUCGCAAACAGAGAUAACGGGACCCGACUCUCUCACUCACGCAUUAGCUGCUCAGUUACAGGUCGCAAUAUCGGCGCUCGAUAAGAAACAGUCUGAAGCUGCUGCUGCUAAAUGUGUCGCCGAACCGGCCUGGCAAGCGAUUCUUGACAUGGUCAAGAACCUGUCAGAAAUUGUCCUUUCGUCGCUGCCCAACUUUUGGCGAAUAUCCAAGAGUUUCAUGGACGGCAAGUUUAAGAAGACCACCCAGUCAAACUCCCGGCGCAGUCCGUCUCAAUGCAAGACUAUGGCUCUGGACAUCGUCAAGCUCUACAUCUCCCUGAUCUCGCAAUUCUUCCAGUUGUCAGAUAUGGCCGUCAUGAAGUCACCCAGCGAGAUGACCCCUUCCACCACAAUCCCCAACAACUCCAAUUCGCUUUGUACUGCCUAUUAUCUGAUGAAAAUUCUGGGCGAAAUACAAGAAACGGUGAACGAGCUAAAUGGAAUGGAGAUUUCAAACGACGUGUCUUCAGGGCUCAAGGGUCUGCUCGAGUCUGCCAAAUGGCGCUUCGAAGACCUACUCAUCACAGACUGGCUACGCGACGCUAACAUCCUGUACUACCUCGAAGAAUGGAUCGCAAGUCCAACAGAACCCUCUACAACCCACUAUUUGGCGCAGAUGGAACUGUUUCAGAGGCAAGUGACGACUGCAGCGUUUAAACUUGCGGGUGGUGUCGACCUCGCGGGGAGCAACUCAUCACAUCUGGCAAAACCCGUCCGACAGAAUCCUGUGCCAUCUGCUUUCAUCAACAAGAUCACGAAGGCAUUCUUGGAUGCACUUUACGCAUUCUUAGACGGAUUGGUUCAUCUGGCCUCGGAGGAGUCGCCCAUUGUCACAGGGAAGAUGCCUCUGACAGAGGCCACUGGCGGCCCUGGAGGGCCAAAUUCACUCGAAUUGCUGGAUAUGAUGGACUCUGACACCCGCUUGCUCUUGGUCCUCUCCAACUUUGGCCAUUUGGCGAGUGCAAUAGUGCCAAGCAUGAUUACGCAGCUCGAAACAGCCUUUGGAAUAACGAUCGCGGAGGACCGACAAACAUUGAUGACCGUCGUGCAGGAACUCGACAAGACACUGUUUGAGGGAUACAGUAAACCCAAAGCAGAUCACGUGAACGGCAUCAUCCGCGGCGGUAUCCUUGAGAGCGGCAUGGACUGGUUCGAUACCCCACAGCCCACCGAAAUCCGGCCGUACAUGUACGAAGCGCUCAUCUACCUCGUGACGGUGCAUGCACAGGUGUCGGCCAUCGCAGACAACCUGCUUUCGCGGACCUUGUCAGCUCUGGUCGAGUCUCUUGCCGCGGAGGCGUUGGCGUCGUUCAAAAAGGUUCCCAAAUUUGGGAUGGGUGGCAUGCUCCGCGCGACCCUGGAGAUCGAGUUUAUGCAUUCCGCGCUGGGGCAGUAUGUCAGUGCAAACGCUGCGACUACGUUGGGAAAUCUUUAUACGAGCAUCGCGAAAGCAUAUGUCAAGCGACCGGCAGACGAGGAGCUUGAAGGCAAUCUAAACGGCGUCAAGAAGACGCUUUCCGAAACGAGGAAGGCCACGGGCAUCGAGUUUUUGUGUUUCAAGGCAUCCAAGUCCAGUUCUAGCAAAGAUAAAGACCGAGCACCAGAUAAAGAGAGGAGGAGAGAACGGAAGUAG